AUGGACAGGAACAUCAGAAUCGUCGAGGUCGGACCCCGCGAUGGGCUACAAAACAUCGCCCAAAAGGUGCCCACAAACGUCAAGCUCGAGCUUAUACGCAAGCUACAUGACACGGGAUUGCGCGCUAUUGAAGUUACAUCCGUCGUCUCUCCAAGAGCGGUCCCGCAGCUGAGUGACUGCCGCGAGGUUUUGAACAGUCCGCCAAUCCAAGAACUGUUGCAGAAUAAAUCGCUUCGCCUCCCUGUGUUGAUCCCGAAUGUAAAGGGGAUUGAGAUUGGGUGUCAAUAUGGAAUUUCAGAGGUCGCGGUAUUUAUCAGCGCCACGGAAGGAUUCAGCAAGGCCAACAUCAACUGCACCGUGGACGAGGGAAUUGCGAGAGCGCGGUCUGUUGCCCAAGAAGCGCAGCGCCGGGGUUUGGCGGUCAGAGGAUAUGUCUCGUGUAUAUUUGCUGAUCCGUUUGAUGGACUCACGCCCCCUGCUGCUGUUUUGAAAGCGGUCAACGAGCUCAUCGCCAUGGGUUGCUAUGAGAUCAGUCUCGGUGAUACACUGGGCGUUGGAUCGCCUUCCAACACGCGAAAUCUGAUCAAAUUCCUCGCCGAUAAUGGAGUCCCGCUCAGCCGACUGGCGGGUCAUUUCCACGACACGUACGGCCAAGCCCUUGCCAACGUCUGGGAAGCCUACAACUGCGGAAUUCGAGUAUUCGACAGUAGCGUCGCUGGACUCGGCGGAUGCCCGUUUGCGCCGGGAGCCAAAGGCAACGUCGCUACAGAAGACUUGGUAUACAUGUUCGACCAGGCGGGGAUCGAAACGGGUGUCGACUUGAGCAAGCUUGUUGCGACGGGGACGUGGAUAUCCCAGAAACUGUCGAAGCAAACUGGAAGCCGUGCUGGUGCCGCGUUGGAAAGCAAGGGCAAGUCCGCAAAAGCACCAAAGGUUGAGAAAGGAGCGCCAUCUUUAUCCUGGACGUGCAUCAACGAGACCGAUGGUCUACUUGUGCACCGGUCAGGGGCAAAUCUCAAAGUCACAAUGAAUAGACCCAAGAAUGGCAAUGCGUUGACCGUUACGAUGAUCAAUGAUUUGAUCUCGACUUUCUCGGAGGCAGCAAAUGAUGCAACUCUCAGCCGAAUUGUCAUCACGGGGAGUGGCAAGUUCUUUUGCACCGGAAUGGAUCUCGGCAAGGAUAGCACACCCGUCGGGGUAGGGGGUGCAACUGCCGAUGCCCAAUUUGAGAGACUGUAUCGACUGUUUGAAACUAUUGAUAACUGCCCCAAGGUGACGAUAUCUUGUCUCAAUGGGCCGGCAUUCGGCGGAGGAGUCGGUUUAGCAUUCGCCUGCGAUAUUCGACUGUGCGCCGAAAACGCCACGGUUACGUUGAGCGAAGCAAAGCUGGGACUGUGUCCUGCGACAAUCUCAAAAUACGUCAUCCGCGAGUGGGGAAUUUCAUUUGCUCGCGAAGCAAUGAUAUCAGCUCGAUCCGUAUCGCCAAAGGAGCUCAAGGCGAAGGGAGUCAUUCUAGAUGUGGCCACUGACGGAGCAGCGUUGGAAACGCUCUUGAAUUCCCUCUUGGUGCGAUUACGAGUAUCGUCUUCUGAUGCGACGCGAAUGUGCAAGGACCUGGUUCGAGCUGGAUGGGCCCAUGGCGGGCAGGAAAAGCAGGCAAUUGUCAUCAAGCAGCUGUUCAAGGAGAUGAUGAAGGCCGAUGCGCCGGGUGCCUAUGGUGUUACGGAGUUUCAAGCCGGUCGAAAGAUUAAUUGGGACGAGUACAGAGGUCGAAAACCACAGAGCAAGCUUUAA